ACAGACUUUUCGGUGUUUCCCUGCAACCCAGUAACGUAGGGAUGGGAAAGCUACAGAUCUCCCCAUCCCUGCGCCCCUCUCUCUUUCUCUCGUACGCAAACAACCCCCGAGACAUCAUAUACAUGUGCAUGACAUGCACUGUGCGGAAUACGAAGCGGAGACACCGACAGACGCUCGUACGGGCGCAAGGCUGCCUGCAGAUAGAGGGUUUCAAGGAUAUCAAGGCUGCAUAUGCUUCCAAUGUGGUUCGUGUCUCCAGUGUGGAGUGCACUGCCAAGAGAAGGGUCCAAGCUUCUAGUAGCCUCUUACGCGCUCCUACAACAGCUUCAACAAAAUCAACAAAAGGGAACAACCGUAUACCAGGACACUCCCCACCACCGUUUUAUAAACAUUUUACAGCCGCCAAUAUCUCCGCUCUCAAAGACGCCCAAGAAAAGCUCGCAGCCGAAGGCAAAGAUGAACUCAGCGGCGGGUACAAGACUGCUCCCCCCAAAAAGCAGAAGGAUGCUUCUCCGUUCCCGACAACGCUCACUCCAACCCAACUCCUCGAUCUCCCAGCUCCCCUUCGCGAGCAACUAGCGUAUCUAAUACCACCCUCACCUCCCACACCCGAUGUCGAAUAUCGCGUUUUCGGGAAACCUACCAAGCUGGGGGGUGACGAUCCAUUCGAAUACAUCAUGCAGUAUGUGCGAGAUCGACUUUGGAACCCCGAAACGCAACAGGGCACCCUCCCGUUCUGGGAAUACACACGCCUAUACCCAUCCCCAUCGGCGCCCUCAUCGCUCAAAGCCGACAGCAACGAAGCGCAAGUAAACACCACAACAGAAAUCGAAGCUUGGGGCUCGCUAGAUCGGCAAAACUACCUCUUCCGCUUCCUGCGCUCAAUAUUACUCAAACAUAUUGAGCUUCUCGGCAUCUUCGCGACUGAUCCUACCGCCCCCGCUACACCCUUGCGCGUCGUGUUUCCAGACAACCCUUUCAACCCUGGCGAACCAACUUAUGACAAAGCGAAAGACAAGGUGCUGCGCGACAUCCUGACGCUCGUUAUGAAUAUGCACGCCCUGAUCAACGAAUAUCGUCCGCACCAAGCGCGCGAGACGUUGAUUCGCGUGCUUGAGGGCCAGGUGGAGCGCAAGAAGGCCGAGAUCGAGGGCGUGAAGCGCAUGUCUGGGAAGAUUGCGGAGGCGUUAGAAGAGCUACGGAGUGCGGGGGAUCAAGGCGAUGUGGACGUGGAGAUAACGGAGGAUGGGGUGGAGGUGGAUGAGGAGAGGUUAGCUCAAAGGGAUAUGUGGACAGUUUUGGAUAAGGAGUUACUUUGA